GUUCCAUUUAGACGCGGAUGGAAUGAUUUGACGUUCCUGGUUAGAAAACCGGUUAGCAAAGUAUUCAAAACACAGACAAACACAGUGUUUGAAACAGAAACACGGCCCGUCUGCCUCUGUUUCCUGAAGCUGCUAGCUAGACCAUGGAUGUCAGUCAAGAAGACCUGAGCAAACUGAGCAUCAACAACUCCUCUGAUGAUAUUGAAUUAGAUAAUUCUUAUCAGGAAGACUUUUACUCAUCUGCUGAUGAAGAUCAUGCUGAUGAAGAUGAUGUUUCAGAUAAAAUCCCAGAAUCAAUGCUCAAAUAUUUUGAAGCCUCCGAGAACAGAGCAAGUCAGUUUGAAAAGCUCAUCCUUGAGGACAAUGAAGAUGAUGAUUCCGGAGCGGCUGAGGUGUAUUCCAUCAUUUCAAGUCGAUCUGAAGACCUUUUAAUGGAACUGGCCUCUGACUUAGGCCUACACGAGGACCCAGUGAAGUUAAAAGAACAAGUCAUGUUCGAGAUGGAGGAUGAGAAGUUGAACACUAUCCCUAACAAGGCCUGCCCUCACACUGUAUCUGACAGUGACAUUACAGACAGAGUGCCACACAACAGUGAGGAUGAUAUUGAAUGUGAUGCAUAUUUAAGGUCUGAAAAGCAACUCAGUUUGGAACUGAAAACUUUGGAGCGUAAGUUGAAAGAGGAGGAUGAGAGGAGAAUUGUGGAAUACGAGGUGGAGCGAAAGAAGGAGCAGAAUGAGCAGAGAGAAAAGGAGGAGUGGAGGAAACGCAGACAGAGAGACUUUGAAGAGGAGCUGAGGCAGAUAGAAGAGGGAAAUAGGCAUCGCCCUACAGGCAUGGAGGAGAUGAGAGAAAGAGAGGCAGAAGAGAAGCUUCAACAAGAGUUGCUCAAACAGCAGGAGCUGAUCAGCAGCCUCCAGAGACAGAUGGAGGAGGAGAGGAGGGCCUUUGAGAAGGUGCAGGAGGAAAAGAGGAGGAAGACCCACCAGUCUCGAUGCAGGGCGGCCAUCACUAUCCAGGCUGCCCUCAGAGGCGUCCUGGCACGCCGGUGGACCAGGGCCGAGCUCCACCGCAAAAGAGAGGAACAAAGGAGGUGUGAGGAGGAGAGGAGCAGGAGGGAGGAGAGGUGGAGGAGGGAACAGGAGGAGCAGCGGCUGAAGCAGGAAAAGGAAAACAGAAGGAGAGAGUUGGAGGAGCAAGAGCUGAAGAGGAGGAGCUUAGAGUAUGAGAGAGCCAAAGAAGAGGAUCGAGUCCAGCAGACGGAGCAGAGGAGACUGGCCUGGAUGAGGGACUGCACUUCCUGGUCCAAACUCUCCCUGCAGAACAAGAGGAAGCAGCAGCAGGGGGUCAGGACCCAGAGGAGGAGGGGGGCGAGGAGGGCCACUGAGGGGAGCGGUUUACCCCUCCUCUGCCCAGAAACACUCCUUCAGUCUGGGGCCUGGAACUCCCCUCAGGAGGACAACUCAAUCACGUUUGUGGACUGUGAGAAUCUGGCUAACCUCCGAGUUCUUCGACUUGGCCGGAACCGUCUGACAUCCAUCCAUGGUCUGGCUGGUGCUGUGGAUCUAGACGUUCUGGAGCUCUCGCACAACUCCAUCACCCGCAUCGGUGGUCUGGAGCCAUUGAAGAGGCUGCAAAAGUUAUUGUUGGACCACAACCAGCUGAUCAGUACUAGAGGACUGAAAGAGGUGUACACGCUGCUACACCUGGACUUGUCUCACAACCAUCUGUCCAGUGUAGAGGGCCUGGACAACUGUGCUCUGCUCAACACACUGGACCUGACAGGAAACAAUCUCACUGAGCUACCCAGUCUGAGGAACCAGGUUCUCCUGGUAGAGCUCCAUCUGGAGGACAACAGCAUCUCCUCACUGGAGGGCCUGACAGCCUGCUGGCUCCCCCUGAUGCAGCUCCUCUCUGGGGCCCAAAACAGUAUAACCCAUCUGCCAUCACUGUGUCAUUUUGUGUCACUGGAGAAGCUGGACAUCAGAGACAACUGCCUCUCAGAGCUGCAGAACUUGUGUGAGAGUCUGCAGGGAUGUCCACUCCUUCGAGAGGUCCAUCUCACUGGGAAUCCCCUUCAGCAAGAGACCAUGUGGAGGUCCAGUCUGCAGAGGGCUGUGCCGGGUCUACAGGCCAUAGACGGGCAGCCUGUCGGCUCCUCUCCAGCGCUCCCUGGUCCUGGUCUAGUCACGGCCCUGCUGCCUCAGAACAGCUUUCUAGCCUUCUGUCAGGCACAGCUCCAGCAGCUCCACACACUGCAGCACAGCCACACAGCACAACUCAGGUUAAUGCAGCUUACUACAGACUCUCUGUCUAGUGGUAUGGGUAAGACCAAGGAGUCCCAUGGCUCGGGUGGGACCACAGUGCGCUCCUCUCCACCCCUGUCCAUGCUCCAUGCACCCCCUCUGGGCGUUGGACAAUGGGCCUUUCUGGGGGCAGGGCAGGGACCACCGCAGCCAGUUAACCCCUGGCUCAAGUCUCGACCCAGGGCCAGACAAGGUCUAGAGAGGUGA